AUGGCAGCCGCGGUUCCAACGUACCCCCUCUACCCCAUUGCUUGCCUCCUCGCUUCGGCAAUGCUGCUUCUCGUUCUUUUGACCAGCUUUGUCCGCCAAAGCUGGAAUCUUGGUGUCGCCUUUCUCUGUUUCUGGCUCUUCUUCGAAACUCUCACCUUUGGUAUCAACACUAUCAUAUGGUCCGAUAACGCCGACAUCAAGCUGUAUGUGUAUUGCGACAUCAUAACUCAUAUGCAGGCAAUCACGUCGGUUGUCAAACCUAUGGCCACUCUCAUCAUCACUCGCCGACUAUACCUGAUCACCAGCCUACGUUCCAUAGAGCCUCCUACGAAAGCGGCAAGACGCAGAAAUCUUGGCAUAGAGUGGGCGCUCGGUUUGGGCAUUCCUGUUCUAGUUGCGGGACCUUUCUACUAUGUCGUCCAGGUUGCUCGAUUUCAGGUCGUUGAGGGGUCUGGCUGCACCAACGUCCCCGACGGAUCGAUACUCACCAUCUUGCUUAUUUAUUCAUGGAGUGUGUUACCUCCCCUGGUGUCCAUCACUGUGUACUAUCCUCAUGUCGUCCGCAUCUUCUAUCGCCACAAUCGGGAGAUCAACCAGUUCUUAUACAGCAACAAUUCGGUGACCCGCACUAACUACUUUCGCAUCCUUGCCUUUGCGAGCAUCGAUAUUCUGCUCACCUUGCCUAUGGGCAUCGCGACAGUCGUCUUGCUUCUGAAAGCUGAAGUGUCUUUCGGUCCCGUCCCAUUUUACUUUGGUUGGACCUUAGUCCACAUGGACUGGCAGCCGGAGAGCUUCUCCUAUGCAGAAAUAGUGUCCGAGGGGCCUUUCAAUGUAGCAGAAUUCUACUUCCAACAUUGGACAUCACCCAUCCUCGCAUUCGUCAUCUUCGGCCUCUUCGGCGUAACAUCGGAAGCCCGUGCCUCAUACUGGCGCAUCAUCUUUACGGUCGGCGGCUGGUUCGGCUGGCACCCCAGACUUCGCACGCACAGGGCACGUUCGGCGCCGGGAGAUAUCGAGGUCGGCGUGCGUCCUGCUCAGAACUCCAUGUCGUUGGGUCUUGAAUCGAACCCAAGUUUCAUCAACCCCAACGCGCGCGUGCAAGAUCAGCACGAAGAGGGCGGGAGUGGUGUGAAUGAGAUGGCGGAAGGCUCGGAGGGCAAGGACGCGGUCGACGAAGUACACCGGGCUACCGGCGAAACGAUGCAUGUGGACGCAGAGCGCUCGACAUGGUCUCACGGGCCCCGCCAUGGCGGGAUCGAAGAUGUUAUGAACAUUGCGUGA